CGUGAUAAAAAGCAAAUUUCUUUGUUAAGAUGUCAAGUGGAUUGGCAACCCUGUAUGUAUUGUUUCCGAGCAGUGUUGCUUUUUAUUAGGUUCUGGAAAGAAUCUCUGUUGUUUACACAGAUUAUAAAGGUUGUUUAUUUCAGUAAUGUAAACAGGUUGUAUAUAAAUUGCCCUUAUUUGCCGCAAAAAACACAGAUGGAAGGAAGAGUACCAAAUCCAAAACUGAUGAAAACCAAAAAACCUACUUCAACAACUAUAAAUUUCCUAAGAAAUGCUAUCAAAUUUUACAAACAGGAGGAGUUAACAAAGGCGUUUGAGAGUUUUGUAAAUUAUUUUGAAGACCUUGAUGAUCCAGCAAAGUCUCCAAACUAUGCUCAAAAUACGUUUACAAGAACCAUAUGUGAAAUGGGGGCUGUGUUAGAAGAGACUGAUAAUAUAGAGGAGCUUUUAAAGUGCUAUUUACAGGCCAUUAAUUUGUUUCCAAAAAACCAUGUUAUUUUAAACAAUCUUGGAGGAUAUAUGUUCAAGGUUGGAGAGCUUGACAUAGCCCGUAGAUACUUAGAAUCGGCAGUAAAAUGCAAGCCUGACUAUUUGCCAGCCGAACGGAAUCUUUUGCAUGUAAAGUGGCAUCAGAUGCCUCGUUGGCAUUUUCGUAUGUUAAACGAUAGAAGUCGCAAUGAGGCCUAUGCCAAAGCCAUCACCAAGGUUAUUGAUGAGGGGUACACCAAUGUAGUUGACAUAGGAGCUGGUUGCGGUCUUUUGAGCCUAAUAGCAUCGGAAAAGGGAAAUACGAAUGUCACCGCCAUAGAAGAAAACAAAACAUUGUAUAAGAUAUUCCAUGACAUAUUGCGCGACCUCCAAAUCGGCAACGUCCGGUUACUAAACUGCAACUCGUGCGAGCUGAGUAGCGCGCCCGCACCCUGCAACCUUAUAGUUACCGAGAUCUUCGAUAUCGCAUUGUUCGGCGAACGCGCGCUCGAAAGCCUGGUGCACGGGCUCAAGACUCUGGUCAACUACCCCAAGUUCAAGGUGAUACCGGCCAGCGCCGAUCUUUACGUCACCGGAGUCACUUACAGCUCCGCCUUUUUCAGCAAACUUACUUGCUACAACCGCUUCAUCACGGACAUUGCUGCGCUGAAUUUACGCAACGUUUGUAUACGGCGCGCCGACCCCGAACCUUACGAGGGCGAGUACAUCACCAAGAAAGUGCUGGACAAGACAUGCCGCACGGACACCGUCAAGAUAUGCCACAUUGACUUUACCAACUGGGAACAGCUCGACCAGAUCAUCAACGACGACGAUUUUUGCUACAACAUCGAGCUUAAAGUUCUUAAAUCAGACUGGAUCAACUCGCUGGUAGUAUGGUUCGACUUGAACCUAACCGAAGACAUUAAAAUCACCACCAAUCCCCAUGACCCCAACUGUCUAUCAGCAUGGGAACAAGCGGUCUUCCAACUGGACCACCCCAUCUACAUGCAGUGCGGGGAGACGAUGCGUCUUAAAGCGACGGUGGUCGACAGCGAGCUAAAGUUCAAGGUGGUCGACAGAGACAAAAAAUGCGACUGCAUACACGUCUCGAACGAAGUGCUGCGAUAUUUAAAUGACAAGUAUUUGAUCGACGCCAUUACCAGGCUUGCCAACAGUUACACGGAUCCGAACUUAAGAAUUGUGGACAUGAACGUUUUUCCUUUAUUUGGGUUUUUGAUGGCCAAAAAAGGUUGCCAAGUAUACCACAUAUGCAAGGAAGCGCACGAGUUGGACCUCUACGAGUUAAUAAUAAAGCGGAACCACAUCGACCCCCAAAAAAAUGAUUUUUGUGGAAAAAGACUCGCUGGAAUGUCUGCUUGAGCUGGAGGCCAUCAACAUCUUGUUCAUUGAUCCGAUCAAUUCGGACGGCACGCUGUGCAAGACGGCCAUACCUACCGAAGCGAAUAACGGUAGCCAGUUGCAGAUUUUGCCGCUGGCCGUCAACCUCAAGUUUCAGCUCGCCAACUCCUAUUAUUUACAGUUCUGCAACCGGGUGUACGAUGGAAAUGCCUUGAAUUUUGGGAUUUCCGAUUACAUCAACGAAUAUACGGGGACCGAGCACCCGGACAUCAACCGCUCCAACAACAAGCCGAUGUCGAACGUCGUCACGGUAAAAAUCGAAGGCCAAUUCGAGGAAAUCCUGUCGGUGCCGGUGACGGCCGACGGCCUCCUAAACGGCAUCUACUACUGGUACGAGAUAUGCUACACGCGGGACGUAUCGUUUGAAACGAUACGUAGCAUCCGUUACCAAAAAUCGUGCGCCAUCCUCGAUCACCAACACAUACACAAGAAGGGCGAUAGCGUGGAGGUAAAGGUGCGACGAGAGGAGGAGUACUUGAAAGUAUGCUUGGCCACAACGCCUACUCACAGUGAUGUUUAAUGUGUUUUACUCAACGUCCAAAUUGUGCACAGAUUAUAAAGAAAUUGUGGCAUCUCCAGGUAAAUCACCUUUGAUUACUUUUAACUCUUUUAUAAAAAAAUGCGCCAGGACAGUAACAUAAUACAUCAUAUAUUUAUGAGAAAUUGCAUGUUUGAACUUUUUUUUAAAUGUUAUGUUUCUACAACUUAAUGAUAAUUAUUAUUAUUGACUCAAUUUUCUCUGUCCUCUGGUACUUUUACAAUAUGUGAAGCUUGAAUUAGUCAACAAUAUGGAGAAAAGGUAUUUAUUUUUUUGGGUCAAAAAUUUCUUGGAAAUUCUUUUUAUGUUAAAUUUAAACGUUUUUAAGUUAAAGUUAAUACAAAAAUCUGGAAAAUAUAAUAUUAUUUUAAUAAUAUUUUCGCAAUAAGUAAAUUUAGAUUUUAAUUUAAAAUUUUCAGUUUAUUGUUAUUUGCUUAUUUAACAAAGUACAUAGGUAUUUAUAAUUUGUCAGGCCACAAAGCUUCUAAAUUAUUAAACCAUUAUUUCAUUACAUAUGUAAUCAUCAUAUUAUGUUCUAACUAUCAUUCAUCAAAUAGUAUCCAUCUCAAACCAGUUUGUAUGAUUAUUUUUAUUGUUUUUAAACAGUUUUAUUAACUACGUAACUCCUUUAUAAGGUAUAAAACAGGGAUCAGUAUUAUUUUAAAUGACAUAAUAAUAAUCAUUGAGAUAAAAGUUGUUUAUCUUUAUUUAAUAAAUAUAGCAGAGUUUUUAAGUCAUAAAAUGACUUAUUUGAAUAUGAGUCAAUGGAAGCCAUAAUUGCUUACCUUUUUAUUGACAUAAACCGUGCUUGGGUUUCCUUGACCAAUUUUCUUUUAUUAUGUAUUAUGUCAAGUCUAUUAAAAAAAAUCUUAAAGGGGUUUUACUUAUAAAAGCUGGAUGACAGACAAGUUUACCAUAUCUUCAUCUAAUGUUUAAAUUAAAAUAAAUAAAUAAAUGGUUAUUAUUAUGAAAGAAAC